UGGCUUCAGUUUCUUCUCCUGGCAGUGGAGGAAAUCAACAACUCGGCUUCCUUCCUCCCCAACCUGACUCUGGGAGUACAUUUGGCUGACUCUUGUGCUUCUCCAGGAGUUGCGCUAGAAGGAGCUUUGGGCAUCCUUACUGGGGGAGGUUACCGCUCUGUACCAAACUACCGCUGCCUCAAAGAGUCUACCCCACUAGGAGGAGUGAUAGGGGACUCCAGCACUGCUAGCUCAUUGGCUAUGGCCAGAGUGUUGGGAUUGCACAGGUACCCCCAGAUCAGCUAUUUCUCCACGAGUUCCCUUCUAAGUGACAGAACACAGUUCCCAUCAUUCUUUAGGACUGUUCCCAGCGACACAUUUCAGUCUCGUGGACUGGCUCAGCUAGUUUCUUUGUUUGGUUGGACAUGGGUAGGACUGAUAGCCGAGGACACCGACUACGGACAGGAAGGCAUUCGAGCCACUAAGUCAGAGAUCCUAAAAUCUGGGGCCUGCAUUGCAUUCACAGAGUACAUCCUCACUAGCCGCCUCGAUCGAAAUGCCCCACGACUUUCAAAAGUCAUUGCGGAGUCCAGUGCUACUGCUGUGGUCAUCUUUUCCAGCGGGUCGAACCUUCUCCCGGUAGUGGAGGAACUCUUGAAACAAAACAUUACAGGGAAAACUUGGAUAGCAAGUGAGUCAUGGUCAACAUCAGCCUUGGUCUCCAAGGAAAAGUACUGGAGCGUUCUCCAGGGAACCAUUGGCUUUGCACUGCACAGCGGUCAAGUUCCAGGAUUCAAAGACUUCCUUAUUGCCGCUAAUCCCAAGAAGACCCCGGAUGACUUUUACCUGAAGGAAUUUUGGGAAGUGAACUUUGGCUGCAAGUGGGAAACUCCAGGGGCAAUUCUCUCCAACAGCACUAAAAAAUGCACAGGUCAAGAACCUCUUGGAAACACUUUCAGCAGUGUUUUGGUGCUGAGGGUCACCUACAGUGUUUACAUUGCAGUUUAUUCUCUGGCCUGGGCACUGCACAAUAUGUUAAAUCUUAGGUUAAAAGCUUGUCCUGCACCACCGGAAAAAUGCCAAAAGCCAUUGUCUUUUCGUCCUUGGGAGGUUCUGCACGGAAUGAAAUUGGUUCGUUUUACCACAAAAGAUGACAGAGAGGUUUAUUUUGACAUGAAUGGGAAUCUUCCGGCCAUGUACGACAUUGUGAACUGGCAAAUGGGCGCACAGGGAGGAGUACAGCAGAUAAGAAUGGGAAGCUAUAAUGGCAGCGCUAGGGAAGGAAAUAAAUUCACAGUCAACCCCACAGCCAUCCAGUGGGCCAGAGGGCAGACACAGGUUCCGGCCUCAGUCUGUAGCCUCAGUUGUCCUCCUGGCUUCAGGAAAACCGCCAUACCAGGAAAGCCGGUGUGUUGCUUCCAGUGUGUGCCUUGUCCACAGACCGAUAUUUCUAAUCAGACAGAUGCAGUCGACUGCUUCAGAUGCCCUUGGGACCAGUGGCCAAACGUCCAACAAAAUGAAUGUCUCCUGAAAGCUAUUGAGUUUCUUUCCUUCGAGGAGCCAUUGGGAGCCACACUGGUUGCCACAAGCGUCACCUCCUCCACCAUCCCAGUUGCCAUCUUGGGACUCUUCAUCCGCUACAACACUACUCCUAUUGUCAGAGCCAACAACUACUUUCUAAGUUGUCUUCUCCUCCUGUCGUUGUCUCUCUGCUUCCUCUGUUCUUUAACACUCAUUGGCUAUCCACAACCAGAAAAAUGUCUUCUACAGCAAGUGGCUUUCGGCAUGGUUUUCUCAUUGUGUGUCUCCUGUGUCUUAGCAAAAACCAUCACGGUCGUUAUAGCCUUCAAGGCUACCAAACCCGACAGCAGCUUGAGGAAAUGGACUGGGGCAAAAGUGGGAUACCACAUUAUCAGUUGUUGUGUUUUUAUACAGCUGUGUUUAUGUAUAACAUGGUUGUCCAGUUCUCCGCCCUUCCCACAAUAUGAUGUCAGCCAACCAGAAGUUAUAAUCGCCAGUUGUAAUGAAGGAUCCCCGACGGCCUUCUGGUGUAUGCUUGGGUACCUGGCUCUCCUGGCCUUUAUCAGUUUUGUCCUUGCCUUCCUGGCUCGAAGGCUACCAGAUAGUUUCAACGAGGCCAAAUUUAUAACCUUCAGUAUGUUGGCCUUCCUGAGCGUCUGGGUGUCCUUCAUCCCAGCGUAUCUCAGCACUCGUGGCAAGUACUCGGUUGCAAUGGAAAUCUUUGCCAUCUUGUCUUCCAGCUGGGCUCUGGUUAUUUGUAUCUUUGUGCCCAAGUGUUAUAUUAUUCUGUGCAGGCCGGAGCUGAACACCAAAGAAAGUCUGAUGGGCAGAGGGAAAAAAUAA